AUGAUUAGUCAAUCUCCACUCAUCUUAGUCGUGUUAUGUUUUUUUCUUAAUCAAUAUUUAGUACAAGCAUCAAUAUAUUCAUGUAACACGACUGCUCCAUGUGGUUGCUCAAGAAAUCCAGUUGUUAUUAAUGCCAGAAUUGUCGGUGGUGAAGUAGCUGCUAGUCAUAGUUGGGGCUGGGCUGUUUCAUUACGGAAGUCAUACAGCAGACAUUUUUGUGGUGGUUCGAUUCUCUCUCGAUACUAUAUAAUUACAGCAGCACAUUGUGUCGAUGAUAUUUAUCUUUCAAUAGACGAAUUAACAGUUGUUGUUGGUAGAAACAAUCUCCUUGAUGAUAAUGGACAAAGAAUAGUUGUAUCAAAAAUUUAUGUACAUCCAAAGUGGAAUCUAGCUAGACACGAAAAUGAUAUCGCUAUUCUUAAAUUAAAAAGAGCAAUCUCUUUUAAAGAUGAAAAUGUUGCUAAACUUUGUCUACCAUCUUUAAAUGGCAUUGUAGAAACUGAUUUUCCAUUGACAAACUCACACCUUAUAGGUAUUGGUUGGGGAUAUACAGUACCACAUGGUUCUGUAUCAUACGAUCUCAGACAAGUGACAAUUGAAGCUGUUGAUAAUCAAGAAUCCAAAUGUAGGAAUUCUAUUACAAAUAAAAUCACACAAUUUUGUGCAGCUGCCAAUGGUGGAGGCAAAGAUACAUGUCAAGGUGAUUCAGGUGGUCCAUUGAUGUAUUACUCAGAUAUUUAUGAACAAUGGGUGCUAGCAGGUAUAACAUCUUUUGGUAAAGGAUGUGGAUUGAGUGAUCAUGCUGGUAUUUACACCCGAGUUACUAUGUAUAUCGAUUGGAUUAAAUCGAUUGUUGGUAAAGAUGGCAUGAUGAUUGUCGGAGAAAAUUCUGCUAAUGUUAGUACUAUGUCAACUAUGUUUUGUAUUGCAACACUUUUAUUUUCAUUUAUAAUGAGUUCCUUUUAA